GUUUUUCUCCGGGUCUGCUGAACGGUCAGCAAUAUCAAGACGAGGCCAAACUUCUGCCGGGUGACUGACCGUAGUAAAACCCGGGGAUAUCUCGAUUCAUGAUUCCUAUGUAAUGACGGUAUGUACAAGAUCAAGAAAAAAAAUAUCAACGGGAGAGGAGAUAUGUGCCGGAGGAUAUGGCCAGCGAGUAUUUUCAGCUAUACAGAUUGGACUUCCUCGUUAUCGGUCAACUGUCCAGCAUAAUCAUGUGACGCUGAAGCUCUGGAGUCGUAGAUGGGCUGCAACUAUCUUCAUAGUCUGGUGGUGGGGGGUCAAGAUGCGUGACCCUUGCUUAGGGUGACAUAGCGACCUUCCGAGGUCGAUAAUGGAUGAAAUUCGAAGUCCUCGGGCACUUUGCGGCCAAUGGAAGAUGAAGCAAGCGAU